AUGUCCGCGGGCAUCCUGUCCUCGAGAUUGGCUUUUGCCUUUCUCCUGCUCGCGACCCUCUGCGCCCUGCUCACACCGGUCGAGUCGGUGAAGCACGGAAACUUCAAAACAUGCGAUCAAUCAGGCUUCUGCAAGCGCAACAGAGCCUACGCUGACACUGCAUCCCACCUUGCCCACAACUGGGAAUCCCCCUACAAGCUCGAUUCUAGCUCCAUCACCUUCCACAACGGCCAAUUGUCUGCCGUGGUCCUCAAGAAGAUCGCCACUAGCGGUGAGGAGGUCCGCCUCCCACUCACCGUAACGUUCCUCGAGUCCGGCACCGCCCGUGUUACCCUCGACGAGGAGAAGAGACAGAAGGGCGAAAUUGAGCUACGUCACGAUAGCCAGGCACGCAAGGAGAGAUACAACGAAGCGGAAAAAUGGGCCAUUGUUGGCGGACUCGACGUCAGCAUGGGCGCUGCGGUCAGUGCCGACGCUCCAGAGGGCACCACCAAGGUGGUUUACGGCCCUGGGGGCAAGUUCGAAGCUGUCAUUACCCACGCUCCUCUCAGCCUUGAGUUCAAACGUGAUGGCACGAGCCACAUCAAGUUCAACGAGCGCGGCUUGCUGAACCUGGAGCACUGGAGGCCGAAGAUUGAGAAGGAGAAGAAAGAGGGCGAAGAGGCGGCGACCGAGGAAGCCGACAAGGACGCAGGUGAGGACGAGAGCACCUGGUGGGAAGAGUCGUUUGGUGGCAACACCGACAGCAAGCCCAGAGGUCCUGAGAGCGUUGCCCUUGAUAUCAGCUUCCCCGGUUACGAACACGUCUAUGGUAUUCCGGAGCACGCUGGCUCCUUGUCGCUCAAGGAGACUCGCGGCGGAGAAGGAGCUCACUCUGAGCCCUACCGUCUCUACAACGCCGACGUCUUCGAGUACGAGAUGGACAGCCCCAUGACCCUCUAUGGCGCUAUCCCCUUCAUGCAGGCCCACCGGAAGGAUUCGACCGUCGGUGUUUUCUGGUUGAACGGUGCCGAAACGUGGAUUGAUGUCGUGAAGUCCAAGAGUGCAGCCAACGCUCUGAGCCUUGGUGUUGCCGGCCACACUGAUACCCAGACUCACUGGUUCUCCGAAAGUGGUCUCUUGGACGUUUUCGUCUUCCUCGGUCCCGAGCCAAAGGACGUCAUCAAGAGCUACAGUGAGCUGACUGGCUUCACUCAGCUCCCCCAGCAAUUUGCUAUUGCCUACCACCAGUGCAGGUGGAACUACGUCACUGACGAAGACGUUAUGGAUGUCGACCGCAAGUUCGAUAAGCACGACAUUCCUUACGACGUCAUUUGGCUUGACAUUGAGUACACACAUGAGAAGAAGUACUUCACGUGGGAUCCUUUGACCUUUCCGAAGCCAAAGGAGAUGCACGCCCAGCUUGAUCAGCACGACCGUAAACUUGUGGCUAUCAUUGAUCCCCACAUCAAGAACACUGCCGAUUAUCCCAUCAUUGAUGAGUUGAAGGGCAAGGAUCUUGUGGCGAAGACCAAGGAAGGCAAGCAGUACGAGGGCUGGUGCUGGCCGGGUUCCUCUUACUGGGUCGACUGCUUCAACCCCGCGGCCAUUACCUGGUGGAAGUCUCUCUUCAAGUACGACAAGUUUGUUGGCUCCUUCCCUAACACCUUCAUCUGGAACGACAUGAACGAGCCGUCCGUUUUCAACGGCCCCGAGACCACCAUGCCGAAGGAUAACAUGCACUACGGCAACUGGGAGCACCGCGACGUUCACAACAUCAACGGCUUGACCUUCCACAAUGCCACUUACGAAGCGAUGCUUGAGCGCAAGUCUGGAGAAGUCCGUCGUCCGUUCGUCUUGACCCGUUCUUUCUUCUCUGGCAGUCAGCGUCUCGGCCCCAUGUGGACUGGUGACAACCAGGCCAAGUGGGACCAUCUUGCUGCUUCUAUCCCCAUGGUUCUGAACCAGAACAUUGCUGGCUAUCCCUUUGCCGGUGCCGAUGUCGGUGGUUUCUUCGGCAACCCCGAAAAGGACCUGUUGACGCGCUGGUACCAAGCCGGUAUCUGGUACCCGUUCUUUAGAGGCCAUGCUCACAUUGACACGCGCCGCCGCGAGCCCUUCCUUGUUGGCUCGCCCUACAAGGAACUCAUCACGCAGGCCCUGCGUCUCAGAUACGCCCUCAUGCCGGCUUGGUACACUGCCUUCCACGAGGCUAGCGUUACUGGCGCUCCCAUCGUCCGGCCAAACUACUAUGUUCACCCGGGCGACGAGAAGGGCUUUGCCGUUGACGACCAGCUGUACUUUGGCUCGACUGGUCUCCUCGCCAAGCCCGUCACCACGGCUGGAGCCGAGAGCGUGGACAUCUACAUCGCCGAUGACGAGACCUACUUUGACUACUUUGACUACACCACCUACUCUGGUAAGGGUAUGCACACGAUCAAGGCGCCCCUCGAGAAGAUGCCUCUUCUCAUGCAGGGUGGCCACAUCAUCCCUCGCCGUGACCGCCCUCGCCGCAGCAGCGGUCUGAUGAAGUUUGAUCCGUUCACGCUCGUCGUGGUCCUGGACCGCGCCGGCAGCGCCGAGGGCUCGCUGUACCUCGACGACGGCGAGACGUUCGACUAUCAGCAGGGCGCGUACAUCCACCGGCGCUUCCUGUUCGACACGACGACGAACGCGCUGACGUCGGUGGACAUUGCGACCAGCGGGUCCAAGACGGCGGCAUAUCUCAAGGCCAUUGCCAAGGUGCGCGUCGAGAAGGUCAUCUUUGUGGGCGCGCCGGACGCGUGGGCGGACAAGACGGAGGUCUAUGUCAGCGAGGAGGGCGCCAAGGAGAGCCAGCGCAGAAAGAAGGCCGGCAUUGCCUUCCACAAGGGCGAGAAUGGCAAGACGAACUACGCCAUUGUUCGGGACCCAAAGGUGGGUAUUGGUAAGGGAUGGAAGAUUGACCUUUCGUAG